GGAUGGGAAAGAGGGGUAGGGCCAGAGAUGGGGGCAGGAGGAGUGGGGCAAGAGAGACGCCACUUCUGGAGAAGGACGAUCCCUUUCGGGGAAGGGCGUGUGUGUGUCUGGGCCUGGGGCGGGCUGCACGGUUGCAAGUCGUUUCUGUGUAUCUGUGGGGGUGUGCCUGUUUGUACCCUAGAGUCAGAGCUCAGUUCUGCGCCCGCAGGGUGUACAGUACAGGUACGUGCUGGGUGGGUUUGGGCUUGGCUGUUCGCGUCCUUGCCUUCGCCCCUGUGGAUCAGUCUACAUUUUUGUUUCUGGAGAGUUAAUUUCCUGAAGGAAUUACUAAGCUUGCCUGAUCUCACCUAACGUCGAGGCCCACCCCCUUCUCUCGCCAGCCUGGGGCCCAGGCCGGGGCCACCAUGGCGCUGCUUCCACGCCCAGCUACCCUCUCGCACACACUGCUGCUCCUGCCAGCCCUUCUGAGCUCAGAACAGUACCAACCCUACCUCAGAACUCCAUGCUGUGUUCCAGGUUGUGGGGAGUUGGCGCCACGAAUCGAUGGCCAGGCCUGGGCUGAGCGAGCACUUCGGGAGAGUGAACGUCAUGCCUUCACCUGCCGAGUGGCAGGGGGGCCUGGCACCCCGCAAUUGGCCUGGUACCUGGAUGGUCAGCUGCAGGAGGCCAGCACAUCAAGACUGUUGAGUGUGGGUGGAAAGGCCUUCUCUGGAGGCACCAGCACCUUCACUGUCACUGCCCAUCGGGCCCAGCAUGAGCUCAACUGCUCUGUGCAAGAUCCCGACAGUGGCCGGCCAGCCAAUGCCUCCAUCAUCCUCAAUGUGCAAUUUAAGCCGGAGAUUGCCCAGGUCGGAGCCAAGUACCAGGAAGCUCAGGGCCAAGGCCUCCUGGUUGUCCUGUUUGCCCUGGUGCGUGCCAACCCACCUGCCAAUGUGACCUGGAUCGACCAGGAUGGGCCAGUGACUGUCAACACUUCCAACUUCCUGGUGCUGGAUACCCAGAACUAUCCCUGGCUCACCAACCACACCGUGCAGCUGCAGCUCGAAAGCCUGGCACACAACCUAUCUGUGGUAGCUACCAAUGAUGUGGGUGUCACCAGUGCCUCACUUCCGGCCCCAGGACUCCUGGCCACCCGAGUGCAAGUGCCACUGCUUGGCAUUGUCGUGGCUGGAGGGCUUGCCCUGGGCACCCUGGUGGCGUUCAGCACUUUGGUGGCCUGCCUGGUCUGCAGGAAAGAGAAGAAGACCAAAGGCUCCUCCCGGCGCCCGUCUCUGAUCUCUAGUGACUCCAACAACCUGAAACUCAACAACGUGCGCCUGCCACGGGAGAACAUGUCUCUCCCGUCCAACCUUCAGCUCAACGACCUCACUCCGGAUCCCAGAGGGAAAGCAGCAGACCGGCAGAUGGCUCGGAACAACAGCCGGCCAGAACUUCUGGACCCAGAGCCCGGCGGCCUCCUCACCAGCCAAGGUUUCAUCCGUCUCCCAAUGCUGGGCUACAUCUAUCGAGUAUCCAGUGUGAGCAGUGAUGAGAUCUGGCUCUGAGCUGAGGGCGAGACGGAGGGUGCCAUGGCCUCUGGGCACUCUCCCACUCCUCCAAGGCACCCUCUUCCCAGCCAUGUUGCCAACUAGAGGAGACCAUGCUACUGCCACUUUUGCUUGCCCCCUGGUUGGGGUGUUCUCUGUCAUCCACAUGAUGGUUUCAUUGGGAUCUGACCCCCAGGGGCAUAGGUACCCUUGGGAAGGCUGCUGGCUGGACCUAAGCCCUUGUUCCAAUUCAGGUGGGGGUCCUGCAUGUUAUGUCCAUGUCCAGGUGGAUAGAGCUCUUUGCCCAGGUGUUCAGAGGUCAUCCAUCAUCUAAGUGUGGCAUGGCCCUGUUGGCUUGGGCCUGCUGUGUGCCCUACACCAGUACUCCUCAGCACCUUGUACAGCAGGCGUGGGGGCAGGCCUGAUUAUGGGACAAGGAAGGUCCUGCACGUCUUGGAUUUCCUUCCCGUGCUCUGCAACUUUGUUCCCUCAGGGAAAAUUUAGGACCCUGCUAGCUUUAUAGAACCAAACUGCUCUUUGCACAGGAACCAAUCCCUGGCCCAGGGGCAUUGGCCAAGCACAAGCUAGUCCCUUUUGCACAUACCUCUGCCCUUUCUUUGCCACCUCUGUCCCCACCUUCUCUUGGGCACUAGACUUCUCCACUGGCCCAGCCGCUGGUGGUGUUAGUGCCUGGUGUUAGCACAAAUCAGAAGGAAAGGAGGGAGGUGAGAAGUCUGGUGGCAUCUAGGACAGCAUGUAGCUAUGCUUCAUUUUUUUACAGCAUUAGCACUUUAAACACACAGUGGGGGGUGGGGCGGGGAUGAGUGAGGGCCCCAGGGCUCUCUCUGUGGCUUCCCCAAGUCUGGUCUUCCUGUGAUUCACUGAGUGCCCUAAGCCCUCUGCAUUGGUGGCUUCCCUCUCAACAUGUCUCCCCUGCCAUGAGACCGACUCCAGCCCCGACCAACCCCUGACUGCCCCCUGACCAACCCAUUCUUCCUGUCCCACCCUCUGUUCUUCAGGGGAUGGUCAUAGUGGCACUUAAUUCAACAGCACGGGAAGGGGGACAUGGAGAAAGAGGGAGACCCACAUACCCCAAAAUGACCUAAGGACACUUUACAAAGCAUCAUGGAAAUGAUGGCAAAUUAACAUAGUGCAGAGUAUAUUUUUUUCCUUGUUAUCUUGUUUUACAAUUUUUCUUAUGUUACUACCUAGGACAGUGCUAAGCACACAGUAAAUUCAAUAAACUUGACAGAGUGAAUGUUA